AUGACCAAACGAUCCUGCACUAAGCGGAAGCCCUGCGAGUCCGGCACGACGGCAAAAAAGAACGGAUCUAAGAAGACAAGAACUUCGGCGCACCAGAAAAACGUGUCCCUUGCAGAAGCCCACCUGGAAGCCAGCCUGAAGAAGCAGGAGGUGCAGCAGGACUAUCUCCGCGAGCAGCUUAAGUUCAACAAGAAGAAGUGGACCGAGAAAAAGUCGGCCAUGCUGCAACAGCUGCAGAUAGAUUGUGACAGAUGCGAAGAGGAAGCGAAGGCACGCAAAGCAACGGAGCGGCACCAAGUCUUCUAUGCACUGAUCAUCCAAGGCAAGACGCCGAGCGAGAUUAAGGAGCUUCUUCAAGUUUAA